AUGUCCCCAAAAAACGUCGGUAUUAAGGCUCUUGAGCUCUACAUUCCUGGCCAAUAUGUUCACCAGGCAGAUCUGGAGAAGUACGAUGGUGCUUCGACCGGAAAAUACACCAUUGGCUUAGGUCAAACAAAUAUGGCCUUUGUCAACGAUCGUGAAGACAUCUACUCAAUGGCAUUAACAGUUCUCAAAAAUCUUAUUGACAAAUAUGACAUAGAUGUGAACAACAUCGGACGUUUGGAAGUCGGUACUGAGACCCUUUUGGAUAGAUCUAAGUCCGUGAAAACCCUUUUAAUGCAACUAUUGGGUGAUAACACAGAUGUUGAAGGAGUCGACACCAUUAAUGCUUGUUACGGUGGUACUGCUGCCGUCAUUAAUGCUAUAAACUGGGUCCAAUCCGACUCAUGGGAUGGUAGGGAUGCUGUUGUUGUGUGUGGUGAUAUUGCUAUUUAUAGCAAGGGUGCCGCAAGACCAACUGGUGGUGCCGGUACCGUUGCUCUUUUGAUUGGUCCUGAUGCUCCAAUUGUUUUUGAUCCUGUUAGAGGAUCCUUCAUGGAGCAUGCCUACGAUUUCUACAAGCCUGACUUUGCUAGUGAGUAUCCUUACGUCGCAGGACACUAUUCAAUGGCCUGCUAUGUCAAGGCAGUUGACCACUGUUACAAAGCUUAUUCAAAGAAGGCUAAGGCACGUGGUUUGAGCAACUCCAAGACUGACACUGUUGGUUUGGAUUACUUUGAUUACAAUGCUUUCCAUGCUCCUACUUGUAAGUUGGUUGUUAAGUCUUACGCUAGACUCCUUUACAACGAUUACAUGCAAGACAAUUCCUUGAUCCCAGAUUUGGAUGCCAAGACUUACAAUGAAAUGUCGUACGAGGACUCCCUUGUUGACAAGGCUCUUCAACGUAAAUUUAUGGCUCUUGCCAAAGAUAAAUAUGAGGAACGGGUUAAGCCAUCUUUGGAGCUGCCAACUAAUAUUGGAAACACUUACAGUGGUUCCUGUUGGGGUUGUUUGUCAUCCUUGUUGUACUUUGUCGGCAGUGAGAAACUACAGGGAAAGAGAAUUGGUCUUUUCUCAUAUGGUUCUGGUCUUGCCGCUACUCUUUUGUCUAUGAAGGUUGUUGGUGACAUCUCCAAGAUCACGAAGGUUCUUUCUGUUAAGGAGAGAUUGGACUCCAGAAUUCAGAAGAGUCCAAAGGAAUAUGAGGAAGCUAUUGAGUUGAGAGAAAAAGCAUACAUGAAGAAGUCUUUCAAGCCUGUUGGAAGUAUCGAUUACAUUCCAGAGGGAACGUAUUAUUUGAAAGAGAUUGAUGACAAGUUCAGAAGAUCUUACACCAGAAAAGGUGCCAAGAAUGAGGAGACAUUGGCCUGA